AUGCUCUGGGCGCUCGAACGUCUUUUAGUCAUAAAGCCAUGGAUCGGAAGCUCACAUCCUGGGUUUCUCAGCGAUUUUGCAGUGUCCAUCGGCAAGGCCUGCUCAAUUCUUUGGAUAGCUCGACAGAAGUGUGACGUUCCAAACCCAUACUAUAACGCCUAUGGAUACCUCGAGUCUAUUGAUGGAUUCUUCCUCUCACUGGUACAUGCAGGCGGUUUGUUCCUUGUUGGAGAACUCGGCAUUCUAUUCUGGGGCCAGCCCGGAGAAAGGCAGCAAGUACGAAGCUUCUGGUUCGUCUUACGUCAAGGCUCUCACGCCCUCGGUUGGAUGAUGGCGUUGGGAGUCGUCGGGAUCCAAAUAUCAAUCUCGAUUAUGAAGCAGUACCAUGUCUUGGGACUGCCAGGAGCGGGAGACGUACGCACUGCAUCGCAAGACCUUGCUUCAGAUGGCAUGGUCAAGAUCCUGCUCUUCUUCGUCGGGCUUCUGCUAUGUUUACCAUUCCAAUCAGUGGGAGGACCAUGGCUGUGGGGCAAUUUGCUCCUGACCACUGCUACUUGGACCUGGCGACUGGCCAGGGUCUUUGAAAAGAAGGGCUUGGGUGAGAUUACCCCUCAUGUUACCGCAUUAAUCGUAGACAUAUUCUACGCGAGAAUGCCAACUGUUUUUCUCUUGGCCAUGUUUACCUUGUUCUUGCGACCAGGUCGAUGA